CAGUCGUUCAGCGUCAGUGAAACCCCUAAUGUGAUCAAGAUGGAAGCUCAAGCUAUCUUUGGACUUUAUACCGCGCACCGGAUUUUCGGCUGGCUCCGGGGGCUCCCUGCUCUCUGCUCCCAAAAAGGGUAACGUCAGCGAUGGAUUUCAUUUGAAUCCGCAAACCCUGAGAGCAUUCCUCGGGACCUGGAACUAGGACCGACAUCUCAGGAAAAGGGGGAUUUGUUCCUUGAGAAAGGCUUGUAGGAUUGGAUUUGUCUCUCCCCUGACGUGGAUGGAUGGCUAACUCUUCAACCCCAUAGUGUUUAUCCUGUGUUAUCUUCUGUUAUUCAGUCUUAUGUUGCUACUGUGUGGGACUGGGACUGUACCCCUCUGUACUCUGGUGGAGUAUUGACAGUGAAGUAACUCAUCCAGGCAUGUUGUGUGAAGUGGCACAUGGAUUACGCUAAUUGAGUACAUUUCACUUCUGUGUGAGAAGUUGUAAGAAGUACACAGUGCCCUCCCUAACUCAAGGGCCAGUUGACGUCAGAGGAGGAAGUCACCCCGGGUCACCCUCCAUCCAACAACAGUCCUGAGGAUGCUUAAGGAAGCUCAAUAGAACUGCACUCUCUGGUCCGCCAUUUUGGUUCUACGUCUUUAAAGGGCUCUAUGGUUAGCAGUGGGAGUCCGCCCACCAUGCUUGUCGUCAUACGGAAAAGAAGUUGGGAGGAUCACGUGACUCACCGCUCCGGGUUACAGUACAGCUACGACGACCUGGACCUGGUCUGUUGCCAUGGUGUCAGCGGCGACGGGCCUCGGCUGGCAUCGGAGGGGUCCAAGCAGGGGCGCAGGGAACGAUGUGCCUCCAUGCCGGAGUGCUGUCACCGGCCACGCCCCGAUGGCCUCAACAAUGGGUCGGGUCACAGAUUGGAGUUUGUGACCUCGGUCAACGUGGAGGACAAUGGCGAUCACUCUGAGCCGGGGCACGUGAUGUCAGCAGGCGACUUUUAUUCAACUGUUGUCCCUCUGUUCCAGGCUGAGCUGGUAGACGGCUCUGAUGUGGCUGUUGAUGAUGAUGACCUCACCAGGAGGCUGACGGAGUCUGAACCUGGAGGAAUGCCGGACGCUGGUGUGGACUCAGUUGGCAUCCAAUCUCACUGUGACCUGGGCAGUGGGAUUCUUCAGCCAAAGCCAAACAUCAUCUGCACUGCAGACAGCGGUCAUGAGGAUGAAGAUGACAUUGAGGACGGCACCGAUGAUAACGAGCAUCCCAACGUUGUUGACGACCGCGUUGCAAUCAUUGUUCAAUCUGUCUCUGUUGACGAAGGACAAAGGGUCUCUAUCUGUCCGGACAAUGGAUUUUCACUGGCCUUUUCUGUUGGUGAGAAAACUGGCAGGCAUUCAGAACUCCUGGAGACAAUGGCCGACCAUACAGACGGUCAGGUUGGACUUCCAGAACCCUUAGUGGACACACAGACCCAGUCUCCUCAUACUGAAGUUGAACCACGAGAGGACCUCUCCACCUUGGAUGAAAGCAACAUUACUGACCCGGGUAAAAGAAAAGGAGGUAUACUGCCAGCGGCCAUUUUGGAUUCCUCAAACAAACCAGAGUACAAUAGUGAUGUAAUAUCAGAUGUUAACGUGGAGAUCUUGGAGGCUUCUGCUGCAGACGUUAUGGAAGGGGAGGCUAUGGGGGUAGACGUUGAGAGUAAAGCCUUAGAAUUGAAGGCGGAGGAUAGUGUUGAAGGUGCUGACGGAUUGAAUGUUCAGAGGAAAAUGUCUGAAAGUGGUGAUAAAUUUGAGCAGAUUCUGAGGGGGCAACAUGCUGUGUCAUUGGAUGGCAGACAAACAGAACAAGAGCGGCAUGAUAGCAUGAGGACUGAUGAUGGUUGUGAAAUAGCUCAGGACCAGACAGUGUUGAGAAAGGAGGAUGUUGACAUGGUGGACAUGGAAGGGACCCGAGGAGUGGAAAGGGCUCUGGACAUGUGCAGGGAGAAAACCCCUGAGGAUAAGGCAAGUGUGGAGUCUGUGCAUGCUUUGUGUGUCACAGUGCAACAUUCUGAGGACCUGGACAGACUCCCAUUAGCUGGACAGCAGAAUCUUGAAAGUUCCAAAAUGGACGGAAUACAGGACUGGACUAGCGUAGAGGACACGGAUUGUCCAAUGAUACAGGUGCAUUCUGAUAACCUCACAGUGGAGAAUACGAGUGGCGGCUUGGGGUCCAAAGACUCAACGUGUUCCGAAGAACUAACCUCGGCUGUAACAGCCCAAGGACAGCACAGCGAUGGUGGCUCAAAGCUGAACACCAUCCAUGAGAUGAACCAAUCUGAAGCAGAGGAUGACUCAGUCCUACUGGGGAGACAGGGGGCUUCGGACAUGGGUAUAUCCACCUCUCCAGCAGCCCGGCUGCCCAAUAUGGACACUCUCAGUCAACCAACUUGUCCUAAGGAGGCAAAUGAUCCCUUGCUGGAGAGAUGCCAUGGAAACCAAGCCCCUGUUAAACAAUUAGGUGAGUCACCUGUUUUAGAGGCAGCCGAAGGUCCGAAAGAACAGGACAGGCCCGGUGAUACACAAGCUGUAACGGAGGCGAUUGAGGAAGUAACGCAUUCAGGCAACCACGGCAACACUCACCUUGGCGACAAGGCUUCAGACGUGAAGCGAGAGGCCAGAUGCGGGGAUGACAAGGGGGAGGACCAUGUGGUGAAACUUCGCACUAGAAAGAGUUCUAGAGAGGAGCAGGAGCGUUCUCGUCUGGACUCCAUGGUGUUACUGCUGAUGAAGCUAGACCAACUGGACCAGGAGAUCGACACGGCCCUCAGCGCCUCCUCCUCCUCCUCCUCCACCUCCUCCAUGGCCAUCACCCCCACGCUCAGAAGACACCACCGACGGUUGCAGGAAGUGGAUUUAGACUCAGUAAAGGCCGUUGGGACAGUGUCAAGCACUUCUCAGUCUGUGAAUGCUCCACAACAGCAUCAAGUAUCCACUACUCUGACCUCCGCUAGGCCGACUGCUGCUCCCGGGACCAAACCCAAGACUGGGAGCCUGUCUGCCAUGCCUAAGACAACCCAUCAAAACGAGAUCGAGGCCAAGGAGGCGUGCACCUGGCUCCGGGCUGCCGGUUUCCCACAGUACGCCCAGCUGUACGAAGAUGGCUUGUUCCCCAUUGAGAUUGUGUCUGUAACCAGGGACCAUGAUUUCCUGGACCGGGAUGCCAUCGAGGCUCUGUGCAGGAGACUGAACACCCUCAACAAGUGUGCCCUGAUGAGACUGGAGAUAUCCCCACAGAGAAAGAGAAGUGAGGAUUCAGAUGAGGAAGAGCCAUGCGCCAUCAGUGGCCUUUGGACCUUCCAGCGGGACAGCAAGCGCUGGUCUCGCCUGGAGGAGCUGGAUGUCUUCUUCCUCCCGGGUGGAAACCAGCUGCCCUUCCCCCAGGUCCAGAGACCCUCGGCCGGUCAGGGGCAGCUCCGCGAGGGCCUGAGCUCCGAGAGCGUGCUGACAGAUCUCAGCGAGCAGCCCGAGGUGGCCUCGCUUCACAGCAGCGGGAGUGUGGGAGAGGGAGGGAUAGUCGAUGGUGCCACAUCUAGCGAUGCCACCAAAGCGGCGGGCGCCACCCGCGCCAACUCGAUGGCCAGCAUGUGCUCCUCCUCGGGCACGGGCGGGUCGUGCGGCGCCAACGAGGACUCGCUGUCUGACGGGCAUCCGCACUCACCGUUGGAGACGACCCAAGGUCACUUCUCCUUCGACGGCAAGCCCAGUGGAAUUGUGGGAACAGGAGGGAUAGAAGGAGGAGGGAGCGAGACUAGAGGAGGGAAGAGCACGCGCUCACGGGCCAAGAGUUUCCUCAAGCGCAUGGAGAGCAUCAGACUGAGGAGCGCCACUUCCAAUAGCAAGAAGAAGAACGGAGGCGGGGGAAGGCCUUCCAAACUGGAGAUCAGCGGGCCGGUCAUCAAAGAAGGACUAGACGACGACAAGCUACGGCGCCUCAAUUGCGUUGACAUCUCCAGCCUCACCCUCAACCCGACCCAAACCAUGACCCUGAACCGUAACAGGAGCGUAUCCUACUCCACGCAGACCAGCAGUGGCAGCAUGGGGAGCGCCGGAAGCACGGGCAGUAGCCAAUCGGAAGCAAGCAGCGGGAGCGCCGUUAGCACCCCGAGCCCGGUGACACGAACCCGAAGCCACAGCACCGUGGCGGGGGCCAGUAAGAGAGGUGGGAUGUACCUGGAAGGUUUUGACCCGUUAAGCGUGUUCCUACAGCCGCCUGGAGAACAACAACCCCCAGGUUCAACCCAACCCAAAACCAGACAGAAACCACCUCAGCAACAGCCUAGUAACCGGACAGUGGCUGAGCAAAACCAAAGCAAGCGAGGUCACCUCAACGGAGAGAGGGAGGAGGAAGAGGAGGAAGAAGGCGUGAUUUUCUUCUACCUUCCCGAAGGCCACAAACCGGGCACAUUCCCCAAAGCGCUCGGCGACGGCAAACAACCACCGCAAAGUGGAAAUGACGAAAACAGGCCUCUUGCCGCCGCCGGCAGGCGCUAUCUCGGUAGUCGAUGCCAAACGCGUCGCGGCUCCACCGGCUCAGCAGACAGCCGCCUGAGUUUCUAUGACAACGUGCCCAACGUGGCCUAUCAAGGCGAGGAAGACGAUGAAGACAAUGAAGAAGGGGAGGGGCCAAAGUUGGAGGAUGUGCUGGAAUGUGUCAACGGCCUGCAGCGAUUCGUCAACGCCUGGACGGACAGGGUGGCAGCCGGAGAAGAGGAUGACGAAGAGGAAGAAGAAGAGGGAGAUUCGGAUUCGGCAUUGGAUUCAGCGUCUCCAUGUCCGUCCUCACCUUUGCAGAACCAGCUGGAGGAGACGGACAACGGGAGCGACCAGGACAGCACGGGCAACACUCUGGGAGAAGGAGAGAGGGAAGAAGGAGAGAGGGAAGAAGGAGAGGGGGAAGAAGGAGAGGGGGAAGAAGCCAUGAGGGAGAGGAGGGACUCCGGAGUGGGAGCAUCUCUCACCAGAUCUAACAGGCCUCAGAAGCUGCGCUGGCCCAGUUUCCAGGCCUCCCACCGGCCCAGUCACUCCUGGGCCCAGCGGCAGAUGGGCUGCCAGUCGGUACUGCAGAUGAACCUGCUCCAGAAGCUCUGCCUGCUCCAGCUUACAGCCCUCCUGGAGAAACACACCCCCACCAACAAACACGGCUUCAGCUGGGCCGUGCCGAAGUUUAUGAAGCGGAUCAAGGUGCGGGACUACAAAGACCGAAAUGUGUUUGGAGUGCCUCUGCUGCUUAACGUCCAGCGUACGGGUCAGCCCCUGCCCCAGAGCAUUCAACAGGCCAUGCGCUACCUACGCAGCCAAUGUCUAGACCAGGUGGGUCUCUUCAGGAAGUCGGGGGUUAAAUCACGUAUUCAGGCACUACGUCAGAUGAAUGAAACAUGCGGCGCCGACGGAGGCGGAGUCAGUUACGAGGGCCAAUCGGCUUACGACGUGGCCGACAUGCUGAAGCAGUAUUUCCGGGACCUGCCAGAACCGCUGCUCACCAGCAAACUGUCUGAGACCUUCCUGCAGAUCUACCAAUACAUGCCCAAGGAGCUGCGUCUUCAGGGUACGCGAGCGGCCGUGCUGCUGCUGCCGGACGAGAGCCGCGAGGCGCUGCAGACCCUCCUGUGCCUGCUGAGUGACGUCACCGCCGCCGUGGCAGAGAACCAGAUGACCUGCGCCAACCUGGCCGUCUGCCUGGCGCCUUCGCUCUUCCACCUUAACACGCUGAGACGCAAGGAGAGCUCCUCGCCACGGGGGAUGAACAGGAAGCAGCCGCUGGGGAAACCCGACCAGAGGGACCUCAACGAGAACCUGGCCGCCACCACCGGCCUGGCACACAUGAUCCAGGAGUGCAGGAAGCUCUUCAGGAUCCCAGAAGAGAUGAGUCGCUGCAGAAACUCGUACCAGGAGCAGGCCCUGAUCCCCCUGAAGCUGGAGGAGCUCGGGGGUUCCUCUGGGGGUGACGGCGGUGCUGGCGGCCCCAUGGAAUGCAGGACCUACCUCCAGGACAGCCUGGACGCCCUCCUCAAAGAGGCCAAGGACAAGUUCAAAGGUUACGACAGCUGCUCCACGCCUGAACUCGCCGAGCUGGCGUACAAGAAGGUCCACGACGGCUCGCCGCUGCGCCUGUGGAAGGCGUCCGUGGAGGUGCCUGCGGGUCCUGAGGAGGUGUUGACGCGGGUCCUCCGGGAGCAGGGCCGCUGGGACGAGGACCUGAUGGAGAGCCGUGUGGUGGAGACGCUAGGCGAUCGCACAGAGGUGUACCAGUACACCAGGAACACCAUGGCCCCCCACCCCACCAGAGACCACCUCGUGCUCAGGACGUGGGUGACAGACCUACCUAAGGGAGCGUGUGCGUUGGUGUGUACCUCAGUGGACCAUGACGGAGCAGCGUUACUGGGCGUGCGGGCCAAUGUGCUCACUUCACGCUACUUCAUCGAGCCAUGCAGCAGCAACAAGUCCCGCCUCACACACAUCUCCAGGGUCGACUGCAGGGGUCGGUUCCCAGAGUGGUACAAUAAACUGUAUGGACACCUGUGUGCCAGUGAGGUGGUGCGGAUACGCCAGUCCUUCACCAGCCAGAUGGAUAAGUGAGGGCCAGGCAGCUCCACUUGACUUGGAGACCAAAGUCACAAGAAGGGGCGACACCGUGGAACCCGAAAGACUCUCUAUCCACCCCCACCUCACCCCCUAAUUCGCUACAGCCCUGAUGCUGGUUGGGGUUGACUGGGGAGGACAACCCAUUGACUCAUUUGAUUCAGGCUGUUGACAGACAUACCAUUGUGUCCUGGACAGAGAGACUUUGAACAGACUUUUUCGUCAUCCGUAGACUGUCAUCUACGACCAGGUGGUGUUACUGCCUCCGAGGGGUCAUGCAAGGACUGGAACGGACGUGGACCCUCAAAGUUCUUUCAGAGUUGUGUUAUGGUUCUUGUGCCAGGUGGUGCGUUGCGGGCGGCACGACCAAAGUAAAUGUGUCUGAAAUGGAAGUAUGGUGUCACUCCUCCAACAAGCGUAAUACCUUUACAGAGAGGAUGUGGCAUCACCGUCACAGGAUGUGAUGUCACGGAUUAGUAAAAAGAGAAUCUAUAGGGGAGGGGGAGCUUCUGAGAAGAGUGGUUAGUUUGUGUGUGUGUGUGUGUGAUGAAUGGUUGAUUAAUUAGACAUAUUUCAUGCACUGGCUCCCAGCUGCAAUAUAGUGUGUAUAUACUAUAUCCUGCAUCUGUUCAUGUUGCUUUUUCCUGUUUCCUCUCUCUGUGUGUGUGUGUGUGUGUGUGUGUGUGUGUGUGUGUGUGUGUGUGUGUGUGUGUGUGUGUGUGUGUGUGUGUGUGUGUGUGUGUGUGUGUGUGUGUGUGUGUGUGUGUGUGUGUGUGUGUGUGUGUGUGUGUGUGUGUACUCGUGCACAAGUGUUUUUAUCCUGUUACAGCAAUGUCCACAACAUUGUUUUCAGGAAGAUACUGUAUUAUUCGACGGAUGGAGGAUGGAUGGAUGGAUAAUAUGGGCUAACAGUUGUGUGAAUGUAUUGAAAAUAUGCAAUAUCUGAGUUUGUAUUGAUAAGUGGGGUAUGGUGAGUUGAUAUUUGGUUAAGUGACAUUAGGGAAAGCUAGUAUAGAGUGGGUUUAAAGGAUGGAACAGACGCAAAAUGGUGGCUGGAACACCAAUUGGUUGAGAGGGUUAAAUUCGCCCCAAAAACUAAAAUGGAGACUUAGAUUCUGAUGGACCAAGCUUAAAGAAAGCAGACAGUCACAGAGCAUUUUGAUUGAUUCCACUGCUUAAAAGAGCACCGAGAAUACACAACAAUCAACAGGGCUAGGAUUCCAAAAUGGCCGCCAUUUGUAGGCUAAACAUCGAUGAAAGAAACAAUUCCGGUUAUUACUUUUGUAGUAAGAUGUACACAAGAGCAGUCAAGAUAGUCUUCUGCUUCACAACAACAAAAAACCCGGGGCGAAAGAAAAACAGAAAAGAAGAGAAGAAAUGAAUAGAAAACAAAGAAAAGAGAUGGUCCUUUUAUAAAGGUGUGGAAUUUUACAGGUUUUACUGUAAAUGGAGGAGGAGAAAGUGCAGAGAAUGUUUGUCUGGUUUAAAGAAGGAAAAAAUUAUCUAUAUGUGCAGGUUUCUUUUCUGUAUGUGCGUCUGUCUGUCUGUCUGUGUUACCUUAAAUGAAGUAUAAGACUAAUAGUAACCAAGUACACCUUCAUCCGGGCCGGAUUUGGGCCCCGUGUUAAAACCUAUACGUUCUCUGUUCAGUGUAGGACUCAUUUGCUAAGCGUUGUGUUGUAUUGUUAAACGUGUGUGUACAUUAUUUGUUUGCCGUCAAAAAUGAGUAACGCAUGACAAUGACAGUUAAUUUAAAGCCUCAUUAUAUUUAUACCUCAGAUAUGUUUUUUUGUACCAUGUUUAUUUUAUUGUAAAUGUUACGCUUAAUUAAGUUACAGAAAUGAGAAAUGUGUUUUAUAUUUUGUAUUAUUAAUAUUAUUUCUGUACAGAUUAAUCACAGUCACGUGCACUAUUAAAUGUAUUCAACAAAG